GGCUCCCGGACCGCUGCACUCGGCCUGUGUCGGAUCACAUGUUUGGACAAUAGGCUCUGAUCCGGUAUGCGUGCAUACAAAGGUGAUGUACGUCAGUAGCUGCCUCCGCGGAUGAGACAGAGCACAGAGACUGCUUCUUAACAUUAAUUUAUUCAAGCGGCAGUAAGAUCUCGCGGUGCUACCGUUCAGACAUCUUGCACUGGUUUAGUCUGGCCCUAGCGAACAUUUGCCUUAAACACCGCCUGUCAGCGCCCUGGCUCGCCUGGAUCCGCUCUGUUCUCAGCUCCCCGCGCUGUGACCUCGGCUGAGCUAAUGCGAGGAGCGGAGCUCAUAGCGUGACAAGCCCGUGGACUUUAGCAGCCUCCGUUGGAGCUCGCAGCCUGCCGUGCAUUGUGCGUCAUUGUGCGCCAUCACCAACGUUCGCGUCUUUUUCUCAGCCGAGAAAAACAUGGCAACACCGGCCGCGGUCAACCCUUCAGAGAUGGCCAGUGAGCUGCCCGGUGCUGUGUCCAUGCCUGGAGCCGUGGGAGGCAGUCAGGUACGGAUGGGAGGAACGGUCCCAGGACGAGGAGGAAAGAGGCGCUCUGCUGGGAUGGACUUUGACGAUGAAGAUGGAGAAGGACCAAGCAAGUUCUCCAGGUAUGACGAUGAUCAGGGGUCUGGUGGGGAUAAGGAGAGAUAUGCCAGUUCCUUCCUCUGCAGAGAGAACCAUAGUGAGAUCGAGCGACGUCGCAGGAACAAAAUGACUCAGUACAUCACGGAGCUGUCGGACAUGGUGCCCACCUGCAGCGCUCUGGCCCGCAAGCCCGACAAACUGACCAUCCUGCGCAUGGCUGUAUCCCACAUGAAGUCGAUGAGGGGCACCGGGAAUACCUCCACAGACGGGGCCUACAAACCCUCCUUCCUCACAGAGCAGGAGCUCAAACACCUGAUCCUGGAGGCAGCAGAUGGCUUCCUGUUUGUGGUGGCAGCUGAGACCGGCAGAGUCAUCUAUGUGUCCGACUCGGUGACACCCGUCCUGAACCACCCACAGUCUGAGUGGUUCGGCAGCACCCUGUAUGAGCAAGUGCACCCUGACGAUGUGGACAAGCUGAGGGAGCAGCUAAGCACCUCUGAGAACUCCAUGACAGGCCGGAUUCUGGACCUGAAGACUGGGACGGUGAAGAAGGAGGGCCAACAGUCGUCCAUGAGGAUGUGUAUGGGCUCACGACGCUCCUUCAUCUGCCGCAUGAGGUGUGGCAGCGCUCCUCUGGACCACAUCUCUCUGAACCGCCUCUCCAACAUGAGGAAACGAUACAGGAACGGGCUGGGACCAUCCAAAGAGGGAGAGGCGCAGUACUCGGUGGUCCACUGCACAGGAUACAUCAAAGCCUGGCCCCCAGCAGGUAUGACCAUUCCAGACGAGGACACAGAGGCGGGCCAGGGCGGAAAGUACUGUCUGGUGGCCAUCGGGCGUCUGCAGGUGACCAGCUCUCCCGUCUCCAUGGACAUGAACGGCCUGUCCGUGCCCACUGAGUUCUUGUCCAGGCACAACUCAGAUGGUAUCAUCACGUUUGUGGACCCGCGCUGCAUCAAUGUUAUUGGGUACCAGCCCCAGGACUUACUGGGCAAAGACAUCCUGGAGUUCUGCCACCCGGAGGACCAGAGCCACCUACGGGAGAGCUUCCAGCAGGUGGUGAAGCUGAAGGGCCAGGUUCUGUCUGUCAUGUACCGCUUCAGGAUGAAGAGCAGAGAGUGGAUGCUGAUCCGCACCAGCAGCUUCACCUUCCAGAACCCCUACUCCGACGAAAUUGAGUACAUCAUCUGUACCAACACCAACGUCAAACAGCUCCAGCAGCAGCAGCAGGCAGAGUUGGAGGUGCACCAGAGAGAUGGGCUCAGUGCCUACGACCUGUCCCAGGUUCCAGUGGCCAGCGUCAGCAGUGGGGUCCACGAGGCCGGAAAGACCAUGGACAAGUCUGAGGGGCUGUUUCCCCAGGACCGGGACCCACGCUUCGCCGAGAUGUACUCCGCCAUCUCCAACUCCGGGGACAAGAAGAUGCUGGUCCCCUCAUCCACAGCAGGAGGACAGCUGUACUCCCAGAGUUCCUUCACACAAGGACACUCAGGGAAGAGCUUCAGUUCUUCAGUGAUCCACGUCCCAGGUGUGAAUGACAUUCAGCCGUCAGCAUCGACCAAUCAGAAUCUGGCUCAGAUCUCCCGACAGCUGAACCCUGGACAGGUGGGCUGGUCUGGGACCCGCCCCCCUUUCUCUGGACAGUCCAGUAAAGCCCAGUCCAGUCCGUUUGGGAUCAGCUCUGGGCACAGUUAUCAGACAGACCCUGCCUCCUACAGCCCCCUGUCGUCACCUGCCACAUCCUCCCCCAGCGGCAACGCCUAUUCUGGGCUCACCAACCGCACCACUGCCUUUGACGUGUCCGGAGAGAGCAGCCAGAAUAGCGCACAGUUCCAGGGACGCCCCAGUGAGGUGUGGUCCCAAUGGCAGAACCAGCACCACACCCAGCAGACGGGAGAGACGCAUACACACUCCACCCCCAGCCAGAGCGAGGUCUUCCAGGACAUGUUGCCGAUGGCAGGAGACCCCACCCAGGGCACAGCCAACUACAACAUUGAGGACUUCGCAGACCUGGGCAUGUUCCCUCCCUUUUCUGAGUAGCCCUGCCCCUUCCUGUGGACUGGUCACCUCAGUGUCAUGAGCAGCACAUACCUCAUCCACUCCUCAGUGCACUGAAGCUCCACCUCUGUGUCCAUGGCCUGUGCUCUCCAUGAACCUGCAGCAGAGCAACACUGUGGCUUUCUCCAAAAGGUCCCAUGCAUCCAUUCAGCACACACCUGCCCCAGCCUGACAACAGUGUUUUGUACAGCAUCCAAUUACGUACAUUGUGGACAGUUUGUUGUGUGAUGAUUUCUGAAGCAUUCCAAAGCAAUGCUCUCCGCUCUGACCAUUCCUUCAUGUGCUCACAGCGCUCUGUGUGCACUCAUUCAUGGACCAAGCGUGGAACUGGAGUGCCUAUCAGAACCAAGAUUGACCCAGUCCAUGCAAACACCCAGGAAUAUGGGUUCCACACUGUAGGGACCUUUUCCUGUCACGUUUUUUGACUCAUACUUAUUUUGACACACUUUGUUGCAUAGGUGGAACUGAGGACCGAGACUGUGAAUUAAGGAGUUUUGGGCCCUAAGGCAGUUAGUUUCCAAUCAGACCAUCUCCAACUGUAGACUGCACUCACAUACACAAACAAACUGAGAGGUUCAAUAUUUGUGAAAUGGAUUCUAGUCUUUUGGCAAGGAUGUGUUCUUUUCUAGUGGGGGGCCAGCCACCUGCUGAAUAUGAAUGAAUAUGUUACUGCUUUCCUUGGAAUCUUCCACAGUAUUUAACCUGAUCUGUCUUGCAUUAGUUCCGUUUUUAUUGCAAAGAUAAUACCUUGGAAAAACAAGCAUACUUUCUAUCAGCGGGGUCCUUAUCACAGAUACAACCUGUCACUUGGCUUGGUGGCAUCACCUGCUCCUCUCCAUGGAGAUAGACACAGUAAUUUUAAUGUCAUACUGUGAAGCAAUAACAUCUCCAUGGAGACAAGCAGGUGGCAUACCCUCUUCCAGAAAAGUUAGAUAAUGCAUCUUUAAUCUGUGACAUAGUGCAAUGUCACAGUGGCAGAAAGGACGAAGUAGGCAGGGCAAAAGGUUCAAACUAAAACAUGUUCCUGACCAAUGGUUUGAAACAUGCCUUUUAGGUGGACAGAGAUUUAGUCUAGACUCUUGUCCAAGAACCAUCCAGUGAGGUGGAGACUUAUGUAACACAAGUACAUGCAUUCAAUAUUUAUUUGUACCAUGCAAUCAAGAUGCUAAUUCUAAAGCCAGCAAGACUCACCCUAUUAAUCUCAGAAAGUUUGUCCAUGGAACUAGCUUACCAUGUUUCAAUCUGACAGCUCUCAGUUGUGCAAACACAAGCAGGGGCACUGGGAGAAUCCUAAUACUGGAUUAGGCCUAGGGUGUCCCAGGAAAACAUUCACUGUACAGAAUUCAAAGAGGUUAGCCUGACUACCUCUCUCAGUCUAUGUAGUCAUUUUCAUACAGCUUACGUCAUUAAAGCAGACCACAAUCACAGAAAGAAGAGCCCAACUGGUGGUUCUUUGUGUUCUAGAGUGCUCCUCAAGAUGCCCCCGCUGACCUGCUGCCAUUGGGGGGCCGUGGACUUGUGCGCACUGCUGGUGGGAUGGCUCGGACACAGGCUUUUGCUAAAAUCUCCACUCAAUGUUUUUGUAAAUAAAGGUGAUUUUUAUGUAACUGUUGUUCUUUCACACAGUCCAUGUUUUGUGUAGAUCUAAUGAUAUUGUGUGCAGUGUGGUACAUACGUAACUCUGGCAUUAGUUAGUCUGUCUGUGUACACUCAGCCCUGUAUAAAGUGCUCCAAUGUGGCCGUUCUUUUGUGUAACAGACUGUGCUCGUGGCAAUAAACACUUCUUUGUUACACGUCA